AUGUCUCCCAUUGCCCAUGCCGGCGCCGGCGCCGCCUCUAAGGAUGUCAAGAAGGAAUCCGCCACUGCUCGUCUCCUCGGUUCCGGCUCUGCUGGUAUCGCCGAGCUGCUGGUCUUCCACCCCGUCGACACCACCGCUAAGCGGCUGAUGAGCAACCAGACCAAGAUCGUUGGAUCUGCCGACUUCAAGAAGGUUGUCUUCAGGGAGUAUGCCGAUGCCCCGCUUGGCCGCAAGUUCACCUCCAUGUUCCCCGGUCUGGGCUACGCUGCCGGCUACAAGGUUCUCCAGCGUAUCUACAAGUACGGUGGUCAGCCCUUCGCCCGUGACUACCUUGCUCAGCACCACGGUGCCGCUUUCGACAAUGCCUUCGGAAAGGGUAACGGCAAGGCUAUCAUGCACGCGACUGCAGGCAGUCUGAUCGGUAUUGGAGAGAUCGUCCUGCUCCCCCUGGACGUCCUGAAGAUCAAGCGCCAGACAAACCCCGAGGCCUUCCGCGGCCGUGGUCUGUUCAAGAUUAUCUCCGAUGAGGGUAUGGGUCUGUACCGUGGUGCCGGUUGGACUGCUGCCCGUAACGCCCCCGGUUCAUUCGCUCUCUUCGGUGGAUCUGCUUUCGCCAAGGAGUACAUCUACGGUCUGCAGGACUACAACAAGGCCACCUGGGGCCAGAACUUCGUUGCCUCCGUUGCCGGUGCUUCUGCCUCCCUGAUCGUGUCCGCCCCUCUUGACGUGAUCAAGACCCGCAUCCAGAACCGCAACUUCGAGAACCCCGAGUCCGGCCUGCGCAUCAUCUCCAAGAUGAUGAAGAACGAGGGCGCCUCCAGCUUCUUCAAGGGCCUGACCCCCAAGCUGCUGAUGACUGGUCCCAAGCUGGUAUUCAGCUUCUGGUUGGCUCAGACUUUGAUUCCUGCUUUCGGUCAGGUCGUAUAA